CGAUGCUGAAAAUUACAAAAGCAUCCAUUCCACCCAUAGCCGCAAGGCCAACGGAUUCAUAUAGUAUAACAUCCUCUAUGAAGUCCCGCCGGGGAGCUUCGCAACUCUAGCAAAUGGCCUUUUCCGCUGCAUCCCGUUCGUUUUUUCGUUGCCCAUCAUUGCUUUCCCGUUUCUCAUCUUUCCGCCACCAACUACUGCCUCCUCAAGGUCUGAUCCUCUCUAGAGCGCGCCCGAUAAGCAUGUCAACAGGAGAUGCUCUUCACGAACCUAAGAAGGCUCCCAUGCCCGAGUACCACUUCAUCCCCUACGCCGAACAGCUCUAUCGUUAUGCUCCUGGUGGCUACCACCCAGUCCUCAUAGGGGACACCCUGGGAUCAAGAUACCGAGUUGUACACAAGCUGGGUUAUGGGGGCUUCUCCACUACUUGGCUGUGUCGAAAUGAGGCAUCGCAAGCCUACGUCGCCAUCAAAGUUGGUACUGCGGACUCCCCCUUUGACGAGUACGAGAUGCUCGACUUCCUGAAUCGCCCGUCCUCGAAGAACGCACCGGGCCGGUCCAUGAUACCCAAGGUUCUCGACCGGUUUACGGUUGAGGGCCCCAAUGGACGUCACCCAUGCAUCGCAACCCCGCCAGCCUUGUGCAGCAUCCAAGAAGCACUCGACGAGGAGGCGCCGUUCCCGAUUGAUACUGCUCGUUCUCUAGCUGCCCAGCUUGUCCUAGCCCUCGACUACAUCCACUCCAGAGGAAUCGUCCACGGAGAUCUGCACCUCGGGAACCUUUUGCUAUGCCCGGCAACCAACAAUUUGGACCAACUUACGGUGGAUGAGCUUUACGCCAAAUACCCACUAAUUCCUACGGAGCCCGCUGUGAGACACGACGAAAAGCCACUGGGGCCCGGCAUCCCGCCUCAUAUCACCUUUUCGGCCUAUCUUGGAAAGCUGCCGAAAGAUUGUUCUGUAUCCGAGACUAAGGCUAUGGUGGCAGACUUUGGUUCGUCAUAUCACAUGACCCCAGACAGCAUGCACAAAACAUGCCCUCCUCUCGGCUUCAUCGCACCCGAGGCUUUCUACGAAAAGGACCGGUGCCUCUCCUCCAGCUCCGACAUAUGGGCUCUUGCAGGCAACAUAUGGGAAAUCUUCGGUGGCAUGCGCCUGUUCCAAGAUGCAUGGAACCCUGACGACGACCUUAUCACAUGGCAGUGGGUUUUGGCCCUAGGGAAGCUGCCGUUGGAGUGGUGGGAUAAAUGGGAGGCGCGGUCAAAGUACUUUACCGAAGACGGUGAGAUAGGGCCAGGCGGGCACGCGGUAUGGUGUGCAACGUCUUUCGACGGCAAAUUCGUGGAGUGCAUUCAGGAGAGACGUCAAACGGGGGGCCUAGAAAUCCUCGGCGAUCAGGAGACUUUGGCCUUCAAGGCUAUGCUGCGCCGUAUGCUGGCGUACAGGCCAGAGGAGCGUCCGACGGCGGCGGAGCUGCUCCGCUGCGAAUGGAUGGUCAAAUGGGCGCUACCUGAGCUGAGGAAAUCCCCUUACGCCCGCUUGCUGGACGGCGAGGUAUAACGCCCAUGUAAUGGGGCUUGGUGUGUCGUGUCAAUUACAACCAGUUGCCCAAAAUUUGCACAAGCAGAUAGUUUGGCACAAAUCUCCAUUCACUCCCGACGUCUCUGACAGCCUACCCAGCCGAUGGCUACCCCCGAGGCGGGGCUGUUGUUGCAGAUCAGAAGACUCAACUGCUUGACGUGGGCUUCCUAGGCAGCUCGGAGCAUGCAUCUCGAAGGUCGGCUAGUGGAGCGUUUCAAGGGUUGACUUGUCCGUGUAGGUGGGAGUAGAUUGAGGGUUUUGGUGUGGUGUUGGAGGUAUUGCUAAAGAGAUGGGGGAGGCGUAGCCCAAGGUUAGAGGAUAUUAAUGCUGGUAGGCAGUCGGGCGGGGAGGGAAAGUAGGUUGGUUGUUGAGAGGUCUCGAUAGGCAAGGAGGUGGGAAGAAAGAGGUCGUGAUUGCGAUACGUAAAAGAGAAUAAGAGAAUAAGAACCGCAAGGAGAGGAAGAGGAACCGGGAUGGGGAGGCCAUAUUGUCGUUACAAGAUGAGAAGAGUUUCCUGGGAUAAGGAAAAAGAACAGGAAGGAAAUAUACACUCGCAGCAAACAAAGGCCGUCACGGACAAUUCGAGUGCUUCGUUUUGUCUGAAAGAAACAUCCACUCAUCCUCAUAAAAUGAUUUCAUGUAAGAUAUCUUCAGAGG